UUUUACUGGAGAAUUGAGAAUUUUGAUGUUACAGGGCUUGGUUUCAAAGUAGUUGACACAAAAAUCCCUUCUUUAACGGUUUUGAUACAUAUUUAAACAAGAAUGGCAGCUGAUGGUGCAUUGUCUUUCUCUGUGGCAUCUGUGGUGGAAGAUGUUCUUCAGCAGCAUGGAAGUAGAUCAAGAAAUCUUGAUUUGGAUGCCCGACGAGCAGAGGAAGCAGCAACAAGGAGGUAUGAAGCAGCAGCGUGGCUGAGAAAGGUGGUGGGAUUUGUGGGAGCAAAAGAUUUACCAGCUGAGCCUUCUGAGGAAGACUUCAGGCUUGGCUUAAGGAGUGGAAUAAUUCUUUGCAAUGUACUUAAUAAAAUGCAGCCUGGAGCUGUCUCCAAGGUUGUUGAAAGUCCGGUUGACUCUGCACUUAUUCCUGAUGGAGCAGCCUUGUCUGCAUACCAAUACUUUGAGAAUGUCCGUAAUUUUUUGGUUGCUGCACAAGAGUUGGGGAUUCCUUCUUUUGAGGCAUCUGAUUUGGAACAGGGUGGAAAAUCGUCAAGGGUUGUCAGCUGUGUUUUGGGACUUAAAGCCUACAGCGAGUGGAAACAGACAGGUGGGACUGGAGUCUGGAAAUUUGGUGGAAAUGUAAAAUCCACAACAUCAGCAAAACAAUUUGUACGCAAAAAUUCUGAGCCAUUCUCAAGUUCUCUCUCAAGGAGUAUGUCAAUGAAUGAAAAAUCCACGAAUGGUGUAUGCACUGAGGCUGAAAGUAACAAAAUGUCCAGCUCUUCCUUAAGCAACCUUGUUCGUGCAAUUCUGAUUGAUAAGAAGCCUGAAGAAGUUCCUAAUCUUGUGGAGUCAGUGCUGAAUAAGGUUGUUGAGGAGUUUGAGCAGCGGAUUACAAGCCAAAUUCAAUUGAACAAAGCAAUAACUCCAAAGGACUCGGCAGUUUCCUGUGGUAACAAGUUCCUUCAGAAACAUUCUUCGGCCAGCACAAAGACUGACCAAAGAACCGUAACACUGAUGAAAGAAGAGAAUCACAUCGUCAAUGAGGAACUUCAAAGAAGGCACAUGAUGCAGAACACAUUUGUUGACCAACAGCAACGAGACAUCAAGGACCUGAAGCAAACUCUUUUGACUACGAAAGCGGGUAUGCAGUUCAUGCAAAUGAAGUUUCAUGAGGAAAUGCAAAAUAUUGGCAUGCACGUACAUGGCCUAGCACACACAGCUUCUGGUUAUCAUAGAGUUCUUGAAGAAAAUCGCAGGCUUUACAAUCAAGUGCAAGACCUUAAAGGAAGCAUAAGGGUUUAUUGUCGAGUAAGACCCUUUUUGCCUGGGCAAUCAAGUUAUAUCAGUAAUGUGGAUCAUAUAGACGAUGGUAGCAUUACAAUAGGUGUUCCGUCAAAGAAUGGGAAAGGACGCAAGUCUUUCAAUUUCAAUAAAGUAUUUGGACCCUCCGUAACUCAAGGAGAGGUGUUUUCAGACACACAGCAACUGAUUAGAUCAGUUCUGGAUGGGUACAAUGUGUGCAUUUUUGCUUAUGGUCAAACUGGAUCAGGAAAAACCUACACAAUGACGGGGCCUAAGGAUCUUACAGAACAAAGCCAAGGGGUGAACUACAGGGCAUUAGGCGAUUUGUUCCUUCUUGCAGAGCAAAGAAAGGACACCUUCCUCUAUGAUGUGUCUGUGCAAAUGAUUGAGAUAUAUAACGAGCAAGUCAGGGAUCUCCUUGUUUCUGAUGGUGUACACAAAAGAUUAGAAAUUCGUAGUGCUUCUCAAGGACUAACAGUACCAGAUGCAAGUCUGGUUCGUGUGGCUUCAACUUCGGACAUCAUUGAUUUGAUGAAUCUUGGACAAAGGAAUCGUGCAGUGAGUGCAACAGCACUCAAUGACCGCAGUAGCCGCUCUCACAGUUGCCUAACUGUUCAUGUCCAAGGAAGAGACUUGACUUCUGGAGCCAUUCUUCGAGGCUGUAUGCAUUUGGUUGAUCUUGCUGGAAGUGAGAGAGUAGAUAAAUCUGAAGUAACAGGAGAUAGACUUAAAGAGGCACAGCACAUUAACAAGUCUCUCUCAGCAUUAGGUGAUGUAAUCUCUGCCCUGGCGCAAAAGAACGCACACGUUCCAUAUCGUAACAGCAAACUUACACAACUACUUCAAGACUCACUAGGUGGGCAAGCCAAAACAUUGAUGUUUGUUCACAUAAGUCCUGAACCUGAUGCCAUAGGAGAAACAAUUAGCACACUUAAAUUUGCAGAACGUGUUUCUACUGUUGAACUUGGUGCUGCCCGAGUACAUAAAGACACUACAGAUGUCAAAGAGCUCAAAGAACAGAUUGCUAGUCUGAAAGCUGCCUUGGCAAGAAAAGAGACGGAACCGGUCUCCAUGAGUUAUAAGGUUACUAGCAGUCCAUGUGGCUUGCAGUCAUCACCUUUUCAAUCUAAUCUACAAGGGAGAGAGAUGUUGGGGAAUUCAAACAUCCAGAGGAGACCAGUGGAGGAUGUAGGCAACAGAGAGGUCUCUAGUAAUUCUGCAUCCAGACAAAGGAGGCAAAGCUUUGAUCUUGAUGAGUUAUUAGGAAAUUCCUCUCCCUGGCCAUCUGUUAGCAGCCCUUCCGAAAACUAUGUAGAAGAUGAUAAUAACAUGAGCUCAGGUGAGUGGGUAGACAAGGUCAUGGUGAACAAACAGGAAGCUGCCCGUGGAGUUGGAAACCUGUUUGGAUGUUGGGAAUCCGAAAAAGGCAAUGGCUCGGAUGUACUUUAUGAGAAAUAUCUUUCAGAUUCAUCUAAAGUUUACCAAGAAAAAACAAGUAAUAUUUUCCAAAUGAGCAAUCACUUUGACAUCACUGCUACUGAAGAUUUAGAUGAGUUUGAUGCCACUACCAGUGAUUCGUCGGAGCCAGAUUUGCUUUGGCAAUUCAAUAAUUCAAAAGUUAACACUUUCCCUAGUAGUGGGAAUGGCUCAAAGAUACAAAAACCAAAUACAAAACCGGGAAAGAUCCCAGAAUCAAGGAAUGUGGUUCAUAAAGUAGGGCCUCCAUUAUCACGACAGACAAGUGGAAUUAGCCACAAUCAGCGGAAUGGCAGACAGGCAAUGACUGCUGAAAUGAAGCGAAAAGCUGGAAGCAGGAAGUAGGAAAAGAGUUUACAAUUCUUCUUAUUAUUUUUUGGUUAUUAUUGUGGCGAGUGAAUGAGAGUGGUUUUGCAUUUUUUAUUUUUUUUACACAGUUUCUCUCUUUGAUUUUUCCCAUCAAAUUACUUGUGCAAAUGAGGCAAUAAUUCCAGUUGCUUGUAAUUUUUGUAUCAUUCGAGUUGUAAGAGUUCAAGUUCGUGUUGGAUAGCGUUGUAGUAGGUAGCAGAGUGUGACGAUCCUCAAACGUUAUUGUUUGAUUUGAUAGUCUGUGGGAUUCGACUUUGUAAAUUUUGCACAUAUAUAUACAAUUUAAAGGGUGAG